AUGGCGGAGGGCUUCGAAAGCCUUGUCCGGGAGGCCCUCCAGCUGCACCCGACCGACCCGGACUUCCCCGAGGGCUGCCCGACUCGUUUGCCCAAGGACGUCGCGGCCGCGAAGGAGAAGUACCAGGAGGCCAUGGGAAUCUACUUCGACAGCUUGGGCGUCAGCCAGGUGGACUACGAGACCUUGAAGUCCUGCUACACCGGCUAUGUGCUGUGCCUAGUGAUGGAUAAGAACUGGGACGAGGUCAUCAAGGUCACCAGCCGGGCCGAGGUAGACUGCCCCGUGGGGAAGCCUUGGUUCCUCGCCGGCAUGAGGGUGGCGAAGAAGGGGGCUCAGCUGGAGCAAGCGUCGGUGGCGAUCAUCGACGGAAGAACAUCGGAGGCCAGCGAGCUCCUGAAGCAAGCACGCGAGAAUCUCGACGCGCAGGCUAUGUACACGGAGCGGUGGUACGGGGACCUCUACGAUGAUGCGCAGGAGAGGCUUAGCUCCCUUGAGGCCGAGCUGAAGACCGCCACGUGA